ACAAUACCCCCCACUCAUUUAUUUCAGCAUCAAAUAUUUCUUCAAAAUCGUGUUAACAUAUCUUUUUGUCUUAUUCUUUUGAACAGUGCUAACCACUGCACCACCGUCCCGCCCUUGCAGCCCUCCAUGUUUCUUGUAAAUCAGCAAGUUUCUUGUAAGUCAGCUGCUUUACAAGUAACCAAUCGGUUGUCUGCCUCUCACAGAAGGACAUGUUCAUUGGUCAGUGUCCAAAGGGCUGGACUCUGUGAACUCUAUUGUUUCUUAUAAGAGUCAAGAAACUCCCUUUCUUGCAGUUGAAUAUCUCAGUAACUCAUACAGGUGGUCUGCUCUUGUCUCUGUUUCUACAUUAAGACUCCAGGUUUCCAAGAUCAACAUGGAAAAUCAUUCGGAUUGUGAAUCAACUGAAAAUGAAAUUAAAGCAGCUCUACAAAACAAUGAUCAAGCCUUAGCUGCUGCAAAGAUCCAGCAGUAUUUGAACAAGGAGAAUAACACUCCACUAAAUAUUGCCAUCACAGGAGAGACAGGCGCUGGUAAAUCCUCCUUUGUUAAUGCCUUUAGAGGCAUGGAGAAUAGGGAUGAGGGAGCCGCUCCUACUGGUUGUGUAGAAACCACCUUGGAGGUCACACCAUACCCCCAUCCAAACUUUCCCAAUGUUACACUGUGGGAUCUUCCUGGCAUUGGCUCCACCAGUUUUCCAGCUGACAAGUAUCUGGAGCAUGUUGGAUUUGAGAAGUUUGACUUCUUCAUCAUCAUCUCAGACACUCGCUUCAGAGAAAAUGAUGUGAAGCUCGCUCGGGAGAUUCAGAGGAUGAAGAAAAAGUUCUACUUUGUUCGCUCAAAGAUUGACGAAAACAUACGUAAUGAGGGACGAAGUCAGAGGGAGUUCAAUGCGGAAAGGACUCUUGCACAAAUCAGGGAAAACUGCAUUCAAUGUCUUCAAAAACAAGGUUUUUUGUCUCCACAAGUCUUCCUGGUGUCCAACUUUGAUCUUCACCUGUAUGAUUUCCAUCAGUUGGAGGAAACUCUAGACAGAGAUCUCCCAGCUCACAAGAGGAAUGCUCUGCUGUUUGCCAUGCCCAAUGUCAGCCUGGAGAUCAUCAACAAGAAGAAAAAGGCUUUCCAGGCCCAAAUCAAAUACAUUGCUCUUGGAUCUGCAGCUGUAGCAGCUGUACCACUUCCUGGGCUUUCUAUUGCUGUAGAUGUAGCCCUGCUGGUUGCUGCUGUCACGCAAUACGUAGUUGGGUUUGGUCUUGAUAUCCCUUCUCUGCAGAGACUCGCAAAUGCUACACAUGUGCCACUGAGCGAUCUGAUUGCCCCCAUUGUUUCACCUCUGGCUGCAACAAAAAUAACCACUGAUCUUGUCAUUAAGUUUUGUUGUCAAUGUGCAAGCGUACCUGCAUUAAUGGCAGCAGAGGAUGCGUGCAGAUUCAUUCCAAUAAUUGGAAUCCCAUUAGCAAUGGCCUUCUCUUUUACCACCACCUACAGCAUUCUGAAAUCUUUACUCAACAUGCUUGCUGAUGAUGCACACAGGGUGUUUAAAAGGGCCCUCAGGGUUAUUUAGAACAUUUAAUGUUUUUACAGUACAAAAGCUUCUUGAUUGGUUUUAAAGAGGAGGUAUUAUACUUUUCCCCCCUCUCCUUUAUUGAGUUAUAUACCUUUUUUGUGCAUGUAAUAGGUUUGCAAAGUAAAAAAGCCCAAAGACAACCCCAAAGUUCCCAUCUCCCACAGAAAACUCUGCUCUGAACUGCCUGAAAACAGCUCGUUUGUAGUACAGCCUUUACUUACGCUUUCUGGUGACACAAGAAAACACAUCAUAAUGCUCGUGUAACGGAGUUAAAAAUGCACUUUAAUAAUUCUUAUUUCCAAAUGUGCAUCUGUGGAUUUUAUUUAUCAUUUAAUGAUUUUAUUGAAUAUUUGUGAAUUUUAUCUCAUUGAGAUAUUUUUAUUUAUAUUUAUUUUUGCUAUUUUUUUUUUCCUGUGGAAAUGUCCUUAGCUGCACACUACCCCUUUUGUACCUCCUAAGCUUCCGUAGUGCUCUUCUCCCUCAGUUGCGUCUUGCACCGCUGAGGGUAAGUCGUGUGGAAAAGUUCUGCUGGGUUUAUGAAUUGUUUUCUUUGGAAAUUGAACCAUUUACGUUAAAACUUUAAAUACAAAUUGUGCAAUGUCAAUAUGGUUAUGUCACGUAGCAGUUUUGUAUUAGUUUGACCGUUAAAAUACGUUUUAUCAGUGUUUUCAUUUUAACUUUCUAGCGCCAGUUUUACCACGGCAGGCGGGCCGUGUCAUGUUACCUAUGUAACUUGUCGUAGUUUUCAGCGUCUUGUCACUUGAGUAAACGCUGUAUUUUUGUAUGUUUAGGAAGCAGAGGUAAUGUAAGUGGCGGCCAGGGGGCAAUUGAUGUGUGCAUUGUGUUCUGCAGGUAUGUGUUUUCCUUCUGUUUAUUAAUGUAACUUUUGUUGUCUGUCACCUCCCACACACACUUUUUAUUCAGACCACCAGGUGUCGCUGUUAGGCUAUGUUGUUUUAAGGAAACCUAUGUAAUUGUUGCAUUUAAUAUUUAGUAUUUUCUGAACAGUGUUAAUGGCUUUCUAUGAACACUAUGUACACUGUGAGCAGAGUAACUCAUGUGAUGUUGGAGUAAUGUGUUUGUAAUGUAUUUUGAAUACAUGAAGUGCUGAGUCGCGUUUUGCACCGCUGAGGGAAGCAGAAGUAAUGUAAGAGGAGGCCAGGGGGCAAUUGAUGUGUGCAUUGUGUUCUGCAGAUGUGCGAGCCAAUAAAUCGUGGAAAAGAA